AAGAAGGAAAAGCCAUUCCAGCCAGAGAAACCAAACAAUUUUUAAAUUAAAUAAUAAAAAUCAUUUUAUUUAUUUAUUUAGUUUUUUUUUUUUGUAGAAGAGAAGGUGGUGCUCCUGGUGCCCUCCAUUUCCUUCCCACCCCAUCCCUCUCCUUCUCCCUCUCUCCUUGUCUCUCUCUCUCUCUCUCUCCGCGUCUUCAAUCAUGUUAGCUUCGUUCUAAUCUCCCCAAACCCAGUUCUACAAACCAAGCUUGAGAGCUUGAUUGAUUGUAAAUCUAUUUUUUUGUUUGUUUUCGAUUCUCUUUUGUUUUUGGGGAAUCAUGGGGAGAGGGAGAGGACCGGCGGCUAAUAAAUUGGCCGCAGUGGCCGCGGCGGCUACAGGAGGAUCGGAGAUGAGGAAUAUAGGCAAAGAACCACGGUACAGGGGCGUGAGGAAGAGACCGUGGGGAAGAUUCGCGGCCGAGAUCAGAGACCCAUGGAAGAAGACUCGGGUCUGGCUCGGAACGUUCGACUCAGCGGAGGACGCCGCGCGAGCCUACGACACAGCGGCUCGGACCCUCCGUGGCCCCAAGGCCAAGACCAACUUCCCUCUCUCCAACUCCACGUAUUUCUCGCCCCUAAAUCCGAACCAAAACGGUGCGUUUAUGGACCACAAUCAUCACCACCGGUUGUACGGGAUGGACGAUGGGUUUCAGGGGCACCAGAUUAUGGACCCCCAGAGGCCGGCCUCCAGCAGCAUGAGCAGCACGGUCGAGUCGUUCAGCGGGCCUAGGGCGCCGCAGCAGCACACGCAGCAGGCCGCGCCAGGUCUAGCGACGCGGAAACGGCUGCCGAGGCCGCCCCCGGUGGUCCCCGAGGACUGCCACAGCGACUGCGACUCCUCGUCUUCGGUCGUCGACAACGACGGUGACAUCGCGUCGUCCUCGCGCCGGCAGCCUCCCCUGCCGUUCGAUCUGAAUUUUCCACCGUUGGAUGGCGUUGACCUUGCGGGUGAUGAUCUUCAGUGCACCGCCUUGUGUCUCUAAUUAUUACCAUGACGAUGAAUAUGAUUAUGAUUAUGAUGGUGAUGAUGAUCCAUGAUUUUUACUUUAAUUUUUGUUCCUUCUAUCUCUCUUUUUUAUCCUUUUUAAAUGCGAAAAAAAAGAAUUUAUGAGAUAAAAUUAUAUUAUUAAA